AUGGGAGCCUAUUUGUCAGCGCCUGACUCGUCAAAAGUUACGACGAGCGGCGCUUGCACAGCUCUGAAUCUGCGAUGGAGUACGUGCAGCAUGCAAGGAUGGCGCGUGAGCAUGGAGGAUUCUCACCUCGUGCUUUACGCCAAAACGUUCUCGCACUCCACGUCUGCUUCCCCGAGUUCUUCUUCCGCUCCGCUCCUGCCUACUUCGUCUCCCUCGGCCGCAGGGGCGACUCUGCAGGUGCCUCCUGCAGGUGCUGUCGCGUCGGCCGCGCCCGGGGGCGAUAAAAGCCUCGGACUGCCUCCCGCAGAUGAUCCGGCGGGCUCUGCGGACGCCGCAUCUCCUCAAGCCACGCCCUCGACCGUGCGUUCUCCGGGCGUCGCCUGCUCGACUGCGGAGUGCAGUGGGGCCGGCGCCUCUGUGGGAGUGCCCCCUAUGGCCAUGGGUUCCGGCGUGCUCGCCGCCGGGCCCGAUGAGGAGGUCUAUUUCCAGUGGGGGGAGCUGACGCUGGUGAAGCGCCCGCCCCGCACUCAGCGACGCUCGGGGACAGGUUCAGGGUCACCCGCCGGCCCGGGCGCUCUUGCCCCCGGCAUGUCUCCGGGGCCCUGUGGUGCGCCCCGAUGCGGCGGCGAGGCCAACCUGUCGCUCUUGGAGGGCGAGUUCGAUAAAGAGGCGGACGAAGAAAAGGGGAGGAAGGCCUCUGGAGAUGAGGAAGAAAAAGGAAACAAAAGUGGAGGCAGCUUCCGGCCGACCGCUGCGGCGCGUCGGGCGUUUAGGAGGCGGCGAUGCUCUUCAUCGGGCGCGCCGGACGAAGAGAAAGGAGGCGCAGGAGCUGGCUUACUGGCGCUGGAAGAAGAGGAAGAGGAAAUUACGCCUGAAGAUGUCGAAACAGGGGACGUUAAGCUCGCUCUCUUUGCGGUUUUUGAUGGCCAUGGUGGCGCCCAUGUUGCGAGGUACGCCGCGGAACACCUGCCACAAGCUCUUCUGGCUCAGGAAGGUUUUCGGCAGAGCCAGUACGGCGCUGCGCUGCGCGGCGCGUACCUUGAGGUCGACGAGGAACUUCGUCUGGAGUCCUCGCAGGACGAGCUGAGUUUCUUGACGCACCACCCCCCGGGGCACAUGCAGCGCCUGGAGCAGAAUGCAGUUGUCUUAGGAGCCCCCCAGUCAGGGCCCGCGUCCGGCACGGCGUGUUCGCGUCGCUCCGUUAGGCAUUCCGGCGCCGGCACGGGCACAGGGAGGGUUUUCGCGGCCUGUACGUCUCCUUUCCUCCAUACGGGGGGCGAUGCGAAGGCGCUGUCUGGCGCGCCCGCCGUCCCUUCCCUUGAGGGCAAACAAGCGGCUCCCGCAGGCGGGGCGACGGCGCGGCCUCUGGGGGAACCCAGCCCGGUGGGGCGGAUCGACGAGGAGGCUCCAGCAGGAGCUCUUGCGGGAAUCUCCGAGGAGGGCGAAGAGACUGCAGGCGAGAAGGACGUUGAGAAGGCCGGGGGGGCAGAGGCGGCGACCCGCGGACGGGCGGCGCCUGGCGGCUCGGUGCCAGGCUCGAGCUCGGAUGCAGAGUGUGUGGACGACGCGCCUGUCAACGUCUCGUUGGCUUCACGCCACAGCCUCAAGCGCGGGUACGGGGUCGCGUCGGCCCUGCCCUCCUCGCUCGCGGAGGGCUCUCCGGAGGCGAAAGUCGCGGGGCCAAAAUCCGGCAGUGUGGCGAUCCCCCGCGACGCCUCACGUGAAAUUCCUCCGCAACCACCUCAUGGAACAGGCCGCGGCCCCAGUGCCCCUGCGUCCGAAUCGUCCGCGGACGAGUGCUUCGUGCCGAAACCGCGAAGCCGGCCGCCGUCUCCUUCCGACCACGCGGUCUCCUCCGGCUACGCCCAAAGUCCGGGGCGCCACCCGGCCGGGGCGACGGCGUCGCGUCUCGCGGGCUGCGUGUCGCCGCGAACAGGGGCAGCGGACAAGGGCGCGGGGGGCGCAAUCGGGCUGUCUGGCCUCGCCCCCGCCUACGUGAGCAAAGAGGCGGCGCGAGGCGACGCAGCCGCGAGCGACGGCGAGGAAGGCCGCGGGGGGGGUGCCGCCUUCGCUGAGGCGGACUCGAGGGGCCUGCCGCAGCUCCCGUUGUUUCCUCCAGCCUGUCUCGUCGCGGCGCGAGAAGGCACUCCGGCGGAAAGAGCCGCGUCGACUGCGGGCGGGGGGUGGGGCCAACAGGCGGAGGGCGCCGCCGGGGGCAAUGCGCACGGCCACCACGUGCCGUCGCUGCUCGUGGGCAGAGGCAAGAGUCUGCGCGCGUCGCUGUCGGGGUUUGUCGAUGGGGUCCGGAACUCGCUGAACCUGGGCAGACUCUUCUCGCGGGCCGUCGGAGGCGGCAGCCAGCCAAAUGCGCUCAAGUCCCUCGCCAGCCUCGCUGGCUGCACCGCCAUCACCGUCCUCGUCACGCCGUCGUGGAUCAUUGUAGGCAACGUCGGCGAUUCGCGAUGCGUCAUGUGUCGCGGCGACGAGGCCGUGGAGUUGUCGCGCGACCACAAACCGCAGCUUCCUGAGGAAAGGAUUCGGAUCUACGCAGCAGGAGGCUACUUGGAGAUGGGACGCGUCAACGGGAAUCUCAACCUCAGCCGUGCGCUGGGUGACCUCGUGUAUAAGCAGGACAGCACCCUUCCUGCGGAAAAACAAAUCGUCUCGGCAGUCCCCGACAUCGUCAGUCUCCACCGCGACCCGGAAAAAGACGAAUUUAUCAUUAUCGGUUGCGACGGCAUCUGGGAGCUGCUGUCGUCUCAGGAGGUCGUUGAUUUUAUUCGGAAACGCAUUGAGGAUACGGCGGAUUUGUCUCAGAUUCUCCAGGAGCUUCUCGACAGUUUGUUGUCCCCGAACCCGGCAGUUUUCGAGUACGGGUGCGACAACAUGACGGCGAUUCUGGUGGAUUUGAAGCCUGAGACGCGGCAGCACCGCCUCGCGGCGUUUUACUCGACCUCCUCGCAAGCGUUUUCGUCGUCGGGAAGUACGUCGCUGGGGCACCUCGGCUCGUUGCUUGUCCCUGGGGGCGAGGAGGCCGGCGCGGUCGCGCCGAAGGAGACAGAGGAGACCGAGCCAGACGCUGCCGCGGAGUCGCCUUCGCCGCGUGAGCAGCCCGCGACUGAGGCGUCGUCCUCUCCUGAGAAGAGAGAGAAAGCGGACUCGGCGGCGGGACCGAAGGAUGGGUCGCGAGUCCACAAGGGAUCCGAAGGCCGCGGGAAAGGAGACGACAAGACGCGACGGGGCGUUGUGGCGAAAGGAACCGAAGCCAAGGGCGCUGAGGCCGCGGCAGACUCGAAAAGAGAAGCGGAGGGCUCGGAUGCCCUUCCGCAGAAGACAGGUGAAGAGAGCUAG